AUGGAGGACUCUCAACCCCUGAGGUCAGAGGGGAGGAGGCAGAACAGCCACUGCAGGUGGAGCGCUGACACUCUGGAGUCCACGGUGGUGGAAGAUUUCAGGCGAAGGCUCAAGUACUUCUUCAUGAACCCCUGUGAAAAAUACAGAGCCAGGGGCCGCAAACCGUGGAAGCUGAUGUUGCAAAUAGUGAAAAUUGCCCUUAUCACAAUCCAGUUAGUGUCUUUUGGCCUGAGCAACGAGAUGAUGGUCACAUUCAAAGAUGAGAAUCUCACGGCCUUCAGACAUCUGUUCCUCAAAGGAUACAAAGAUCACCGUCUUGGAGGCUACGCACUUUACACGAAAACAGACGUUUAUGAUCACAUCUACUACAUCAUCAACCAGUAUAUCAGUCUCCAAAACCUGACCGUAGGUAAUCUUGCAUACGAAAGGGUUGACGGGGAGAGCACUCCUCUGACUCUCUGUCAAGAAUUUUACAGAAACGGCAGCAUUGAUCCUGGAAAUGAGACCUUCGACAUUGAUCCACAUAUUGAUAAAGACUGUACGUCCAUUUACCCCGAGCAGAAGCUUGACAACAGCAGUUCUCUCACACACUUCAACUUCUCCUUAGACUUCCAAAGGCUGCUAUCAGUGAACAUCUUCCUAACACUGAAAACCAUCAAUCUGCAGACUGUGCGGCACCAGGAGCUUCCAGACUGUUAUGACUUUCAUAUAAUGAUCAUGUUUGACAACCAUGCACACAGUGGAAAGAUAAUGGUGGAUGUUGAAAACGAUGUCAGAAUCUAUGAAUGCAGAGACUGGAACGUAGAGGGCACUUCUGGGAAGAACGAUUAUCUCCUCCUGUGGUUUGACUCUGUGGUCAUCCUCGCCUGCCUCACCUCGCUCAUCCUCUGCACCCGAUCUGUCAUCAAGGGCAUCCAACUCCAGAUUGAGUUCAACACAUUCUUCCAUGCACACUGCAAUAAAAUUGUCACUUGGUCGGACCGCAUGGAGGUUGUGAAUGGCUGGUAUAUCCUCAUCGUUGUCAGCGACACGUUGUCCAUCGCUGGGUCAGUGCUCAAAAUUGGAAUACAGACAAAGUUCCUGACAAACUAUGAUGUGUGCAGUAUCCUGCUGGGAACAGCCACAAUGCUCGUCUGGGUCGGUGUGAUUCGUUACCUUGGUUUCUUUAAGAAAUACAAUAUCUUAAUCUUAACCCUGAGAGCCGCAUUCCCAAAUGUGAUCCGAUUCUGCUGUUGUGCGGCCAUGAUCUACCUGGGCUACUGCUUCUGUGGCUGGAUUGUUCUCGGGCCUUACCAUGACAAGUUCCGGACGCUCGACAGGGUCACAGAGUGCCUCUUCUCUCUCAUCAACGGGGACGACAUGUACGCGACCUUCCUCAGGAUGCGAGACAAGAGCUACAUGGUGUGGCUUUUCAGCAGACUCUACCUCUACUCCUUCAUCUCGCUCUUCAUCUACAUGGUGCUCAGCCUGUUCAUCGCUCUCAUCAAUGACACCUACGAGACCAUCAAGCAUCACCAGCAGGACAAGGUGCCAGUGUCCCAGCUCCAGGCCUUCAUAGCCGAGUGCAGGGACCAGCCUGAGUCUGGGAGGUACCAGACUGAUGAGGAGCCGGCCUCCGGCUGCUGCCUGUCUCCAUGCUGCUGCCUUAGAUGA